ACGACUCCCCGAGGGCCGUGGCCUUGGCCGGCGCUCGGACAUGAGUACAUGGCACUCGGUGGCCUCGCGUCGCGCUACUCCCUCACCGACCCACCGGGCACCGGCACCGGCACCGGCACCGCGCCACGGCCGCGUUCGUCUCGACAGGAGCCGAUGGCCACCAUCGCGCCACGGUCGCAUCUCCUCCUCCUCGGCCUGACAAGGCCGCAGCAGCCGACAGCGCUUCGUGCCUGCGCCGCCUUCUCCCGCUCGCGCGGCGCGCCAGUCCCACCGCGGGCCGCGCAGCCGCGGCGCGUCUUCCUCGGCCUCGGCGCCACCUUCAUCGACCAGGUCACCCGCAUGGCCUCCGGCGGCACCUCGUCCCGCUCUUUCGUUGCCGGAGCGCGGCCGAGGCAGGGGGUUUCCCCAGUCGAGCAGAUUCUGAAGAAUGUGGAGUGGCCCGACGAGUUCCCUUUCAAGCCUGAGGACUUCAGCCGUUUCGACGAAUCAUCAGAUACUCUGUUCUACUCAGUUCCACGUUUUGUCACUCACAUUGAUGACCAAGCAAUCCGAGCUCUCACAGAGUACUACUCUGAAGUUCUUCCUCCAAUUAAUACUCCUGGGGCGACCAUUCUCGACAUGUGCAGCAGCUGGGUGAGCCAUUAUCCUCCCGGUUACAAACAGGAGAAGAUCGUGGGGAUGGGUAUGAAUGAAGAUGAACUGAAAAAGAACUCGGUAUUAACUGAGUAUGUUGUGCAAGACCUCAAUGUGAACCCAAAGCUUCCUUUCGAAGAUAACACUUUCGAUGUUAUCACCAAUGUGGUUAGUGUAGAUUACCUGACAAAACCAAUAGAUGUUUUUAAGGAGAUGCGACGAAUACUCAAGCCAAGCGGCCUUGCUAUAAUGAGCUUUUCAAAUCGGUGCUUUUGGACAAAAGCUAUAUCUAUAUGGACAUCAACUGGUGAUGUCGAUCAUGCCUGGAUAGUUGGCGCUUACUUCCAUUAUGCUGGAGGUUUUGAACCUCCUCAGGCAGUUGAUAUAUCUCCUAAUCCAGGACGAACUGACCCAAUGUAUGCUGUAUGCUCAAGAAAGAAAAUAGGGUAAAUUAAAUAGUGUAUUUUGCAAGUGUGCAUGUAUAUUUGUAGUGCUAUCAAGAAACAAAUAAAGGGGAAAACAAGAAGAAGCAAGUUGCUUGGCCCAGAUCGCCUGGACUUGAUGAUUGGUGAGCUGAGGCAGGCAGCGCACGUGCAUGUUUCCGUGAGCAAUGCAACCAUAGGAAAAGGAAGCAACACUGCUGCACAGACUAUUUAUAGAGGCGGUCAGAUUCAUGUUUUUUUUUUGGAUAAACAGAUUCAUGUAGGUUGUAGCGACCGUCUUUACUAAAGCUCUCUAGAAUUGAUAUUUUUUUAAAAAAAAUAAUAGUAUUUUAUAAAAUAAUUGUAGAUAUGGAUGCUAGUUUCACGAAAUUGCGAAUCUAACACAAAAUUGCAAAUCUAGCGUCUAGUUGACAGUUCA